AUGAAAUCUGGCCUUCUCUUCACUACGGCCUCCCUGGCCCUAACUGCCUCCGCUCACUACGUAUUCCCUGCCCUUGUUCAGGAUGGUGCCGCAACCGGUGACUGGAAAUACGUCCGCGACUGGACCGGCUCCUACGGCAAUGGCCCGGUCGAGGAUGUCACUAGCCUUGACAUCCGAUGCAACAAGGACGCCAGCACCAACGGCAACGCGACUGAGACUCUGCCUGUGAAAGCAGGCGAGGAGAUUGGCUUUACUGUGCGCACAAACAUCGGCCACCCCGGUCCCCUACUCGCGUACAUGGCCAAAGCACCCGGUGACGCGAGCGACUUCGACGGCGACGGACAGGUCUGGUUCAAGAUCUAUGAGGACGGCCCAACAGUCACUGAUGAUGGACUUACGUGGCCAAGUGAUGGCGCAACAAAUGUCAACUUCACGAUCCCUUCAUCUCUACCUGAUGGCGACUACCUCCUCCGUGUUGAGCACAUUGCGCUCCACGGCGCCGGCACUGAAGGUGGCGCGCAGUUCUAUCUCUCCUGUGGGCAGGUCUCCGUCACCGGUGGAGGAAACGGAGACCCAGCACCCCUUGUCGCGUUUCCGGGAGCUUAUGACCCUACGGACCCUGGUAUUCUGAUCAACAUCUACUGGCCUGUUCCGACUAACUACACCCCGCCGGGACCCAAGGUCUGGAGCGGUUAA